CAGAAAAUGGCGACGUAGACAGCUACCAUAACUAAACUAAAACUCGCUCAAAUAUUGAAAUCGCUUUGAAAUUGGCCUUUACUUUGAAACUUGAGUGGAAGAUGCCUGUUCUGAUCGAAAGAACUCGUCCGCCAAAAGCCCAAUUAAGGGCUGUGCAUGCGUAUAUACGGCGACAACGGGAGAAAGGAAAGCAAGCAUUGGCCGAAAGCAAGGCAAAGGAAGAAGAAGAAAAGCAGCGUAAAAAAGAAGAAGAAAAAAAGAAGGAAACUGUAGAAGAUGUCAAAAAGGAAAUUGCAGAAUUAGAAGCCAAACUAGAGCAACUGAAGCAGAAGAAACACGAUCUUUUUUCUCAGUUCAAAAGAGCUUUAAAUUAUGAAAACGAAUUGAAGAGACAGCAGGAGAAUCAAGCUGCUUUGAAGGCAUCUGCUAAUGUGAUAACCAGUUCUAGAGGCGUUCUUGGUUUACCAACUGGACAGCCCUUUAUUUCGCAAAGUGUGCCUCCGCAACCUGGAUUGAUGGACGCUGUUCCCAAUUCAGGUGUGAUCAGAAGACCAAGUAGUCCUUCACGGGCACACCCCCUCUCAGGUUUCAUUCAGGCACAAAUUCAUUCACAACAGCUGCAAAACCUUCAACUCCCACAUGCCUCCUAUCCAUCUCAGACAGCACAGGUGCGUCCAACAGCAGCCCCAGAGAGAUUUCCAGGGUAUCCCCAUGGUCAGGUACAAGCACCUGUCAUCACAGGGAAUCAGGUUGAUCCUGAAAGUCGUUUUCCAGGAAAGCAACACCCACCUUCACAGCUCCCUACCACUGGAACACCUCAAGAAUCACAAGCACAGUUCAACAGACAGCCAUUGCAACAAGGUGGACAACCUCAGCAGGAAAAUCAGCAGGCAUUCCCAAGUCACCAAGUACAACAGCAGCAACAACAGCAACAACAACAACAACAACAACAACAACAACAACAACAACAGCAGCAGUUUCCAUAUCAUGUGCAGCUGCAACAACCAGGUUAUCAACAAUACAUACAACAUGGCAGUCAGAAACAAACUUUUCAACAGCCUCCACCACACCCUCAACAGCAACAACAACAACAACCAGGUCCAACAUCACACAACCAAGGAACUCAGCAUGGGUACCCUGUGCAUCAUUCUGGCCAGGACCAAGCACAUCUCCAGUCUUAUCCUAUACAUGGUACAAGUGUCCAAUUGCAAACACAGCAGUCCUAUCAAGCACACCCUCAGCAACAGGGAUACCAACCAAAGCAACAAUCAGGAGCAUAUCAAGUUCAGCAAGGAGCAGUAAGCAACCAGCAUGUUUACCAUUUGCAGCAGCAACAACAACAGCAGCAGCCUGUGCAGUACCCUGGAAUACAGGGACACCAAGGGCAACAGCCUGACCUGACACAACACAGGCAGCAAAGCAUGGCACCGCAGCAGUACCACCAGCAACAAAGCAGUCAGAGUCAAAGUCGACAAGUGCCAUAUGAUGCAGGACAUCAAUCCCAACAAAUGGUUCCACCUCAGCAGCAGCAGCAGCACCAGAAGCCAGAACAGAGACCAAGUACAGGACCUGGGUAUUCCCAAAACUAUCAGCAUGAAUAUCAGCAGCACCAUCUACAGGGACCCCAGUCAACAAAGAGAGCCAGCCACAAGUUCAGUCCUUAUCCAUACUCUGGAUCAAAGAGCCAUCAUCAAGGAAAUGCUGCAAAGAAAUACUCAGGAAAGUACCAAAGCUCUCAAGAAGUGACUUCAUCUUCAGGAUCUCACACAGGGCCUUCAGGAAGUUCCUCCCACUCAAGACACCAUCAUCAUCAAGGUAGCAGGAGUCACAAGCCAGGAACAGGAUAUAGUUCAUCCAGUAGCCAACCAAAGUCAUCCAGAUAUUACCAGUGAAAAUGUAUAUACACUGUCGCUUUACGCAGACGCGUUUAUGCAUGGAAACACGAAUCUUGUUUUAUUACUGAGAACGAAAAUGUGAAAAAAAACUGUGAAGAGUUACGUCGUCCAUAUGACGAUGUUAUACCAAUGAAAACAUGCAUUCAUGUAGAGAUAGUGUCUUUUGUGCAGAUGUCUGGCAUCAUCUUUGAAAAAAUGCAACAGAUGCAAUCCGGCGUAGGACUUUCCAACAAGAGCUAAGUAAACCUUGAAGCUUCUAUUGAUGGAAUCAGUAAAAUACACUGAAGGCAAUCCAGUGGAGCUGUUACUAUUUCAAAGAGUAUCCAAGUUGCUUUAAUCAGAAUUCGCCAGGGCUGCUCCUUCUAUGCGGAGCGCGGUGUGCAAAGACACGUAAUUUCUGCAUGCGUUGAUGCGUUGACUUUAGAGCCUGCACUGCAGUUCGGUCUUGCCUUGGUAUAAGACCACUAAGAGACCUUUAAUACAGUAUAUUUCAGAACCCUCUUGACUUCAUAGAUUGGAAAAUAUGAGAGAAAAGGGAAAACUGUUCUCGUUGGCCUCGUUAUCUUUAACUAAAAUUUUGAAAACGAAAAAUCUCGACGGGCUUCAAUGCUUUCAAGCUCCCGGUGUGGGAAGAGGAAAAUGAAGAUGAAGUAACGACGAUGGUGGACUGGAUAGUGUUAUCUCAUAACUCUCAGUGUAAUAAUAAAGGAUAUCAGCACGAUUUGAAUCAAA